AGACAUCUACCAGUUUUCUUUUUAAAGUCUAUAUGAUAAACAACUUUUUCGAAUCGUUUUUGCCGGACAAUCAUUGAAAAAUUAUCUGGGAAUUUUAAAUUAUUAAGCUAUUUUUCUUCGUGAAAGGGAAAUGGAUGAUGAAUAUAAAGCAGCAUUAAGAAGCUGUUGGGUAAUUCUGAUAAAUAAUCUUACAGUUACAACGGAACUUAUAGGCUAUUUUUAUGAAAGUGGAGAUUUUACCGUUACUAAUUUAGAAGAAAUAAUGAAUGAAACUAUAUCAGCUAAACGAAAUUCACUCUUUCUUCAUAAGUUACAAAUUCGCCCUAAUUCAGCUUGGGAGGUUUUCCAAACUGCUUUAAAAGAAACUUGUCAAGAGCAUUUAGCAGAAAUGGUGCAAAAAAAGAGCCAGGAAAUAAGAGCCACAAAAAGUUAUUAAAGCUAUAGUUCCAUAGUCAUCAUAAAUAUGUGCUUUAUAAUUAUUUAUUUGUUGCCAUUGCCUACAACCAUUUGAUCCAUCGAUGGAAUACAUGUUUGACAUUAAAUACAAUACUGCAAUAUUACAAUUUAUUUAUGAAAGUAGCACCUGAAAGAGACUUUUAGAAUAUAAUUCCUAGAUUCGGUGAUUUGUUUGUACAUUAAAGUGCUAGAUAUAGGUUUUGUCAAAACCAGGUGCUGGUUUGGCAAAAUAGGACAGCUCAGUCAUUCUACAGACAUGGCGUUAUCAAGGCAAUCAAACACUCUAUAUCUUGGUUGCAGACGUCUUUUUGCGGCAUCCUUUAUUACCAAAAAGACGUCAAGAAAUACAUCAACCUUUUCAUAUGUUCCAGACAAUGUGCCAAGUAGUUAUGGUAUGUAAAAUCUUAUUUACUUUUCAAAUACUUUAAUUAUCGCUCAUGAUGUCAAGGACGGCUUUAUAAACUAAAAAUUAUGUUAUGAUAUAGGUGAAACAACUAGAAUGAAUUUAUUCGAAUCAAUCACCUCAGCACUGGACUGUGCACUAAAACGAGAUCCUAGUGCUUGUGUGUUCGGCGAAGAUGUCGGCUUUGGGGGUGUUUUCCGAUGUACUGUUGGAUUACAAGAAAAAUAUGGAGCUGAUCGAGUGUUCAAUACGCCACUUAGUGAACAAGGAAUAGCUGGCUUUGCAAUUGGAUUAGCUGUUGCUGGUGCAACUCCAAUAGCAGAAAUGCAGUUUGCAGAUUAUAUCUUUCCCGCUUUUGAUCAAAUUGUUAAUGAAGCCGCUAAAUUUCGCUACCGAUCAGGAAAUUUGUUCGACUGCGGUAAGCUAACAAUCAGAGCACCGUGUGGUGCCGUCGGUCAUGGAGCUCUGUACCAUUCCCAAAGCCCGGAAGCUUAUUUUGCACAUACUCCCGGUUUAAAAGUGGUCAUACCAAGAGGGCCUUUUAACGCUAAAGGCUUAUUGACAGCAUGCAUCAAUGACCCAAAUCCAUGUAUUUUUUUUGAACCAAAAAUCCUGUAUAGAUCUGCAAUCGAAGAAGUGCCAGUAGGCGAUUAUAGUCUUCCUCUAUCUCAAGCUGAGGUUUUAGUGGAAGGCUCUGAUAUAACUCUUGUUGGUUGGGGCACUCAAGUGCACGUUCUGAGAGAAGUCGUAAAGUUAGCUCAAGAGAAACUAAAAGUUAAUUGCGAAUUAAUUGAUUUGAGAACAAUUCUACCCUGGGACGAAGAAACAAUAGCUAAAUCUGUUGCUAAAACAGGUAGACUUCUUAUAGCUCACGAAGCUCCCUUAACAGGAGGUUUUGGAGCGGAAAUUGCUGCUUCAAUUCAAGUAAGUCUUAUAACUCGUGCAUAUUAUUAA